UCACUGCUCAUCAAUGCACAGCUCAAAGUUCAAACUGCACACCUCUAGCAAAUUCUGGUGACUGCAGUUUCUAUGAUUGCUUGAGUACCAAAUUCCAGUGCACUGCUAAUGAUUAUCCUCUUGCUUAUGGCAAAAAGUAUUGUCUGAGGUAUGCCAGCAGGUCAAGUUGCUUCACAACAGGAGGCCGAACAUGGAUUACUAGUGUCCGCAGAUGUUUAAUGCAGUCCAUUGUUAACAGUCCUCUCUAUAGUAAUGCAAAUACUACUUGUGACCAGUUGAAGACAUUUGCAUUUCAAAGUCAUUCUAAUUGUCACACUAGCUAUGGGUUCUGUACAAACAUUUUUUUAUCAAAUCAAUGUCAGAACCUUGUUUGUAUUGGAAAUGAAGUAUUUACCGAUAGUGACUAUUGGAGCAAGCAAGCAAUAGACCAGAUUAUAAAGACAACUACUUCAUGCCCUUCCCAGAUUUCUACAUUCCUUCUUGAUGCACAGAGUUGUAAUUUGAAUAGUCCUGACCAUGCUCUUGUAUCUGCUAUACACAACUAUUUAGAUUGCAAUUCAAGGGCUUUUGAUUUUGUCAUCAUAUUGGAUGCAUCUGGAAGUGUUGAGUAUUCUAACUUUGAAAUAAUGAAAAAUUUUGUUGCAAACAUGCUGUCUAGCUUUACUAUUGGACGAAAUGGCACUCGUGUUGGCGUCAUUCGUUAUGCAAACAGUCCAUCAAUUGUUAUCUCACUAGGUUCCUUUAAUACUUAUUCACAACUGGCUAGUGCUAUUAGGGGUAUAUCAUACACCGGGGGAAAAACAAACACUGCUGCAGCUUUGAAUUUACUAACUACAGCAUUUGCUACUGCUCGUGUUAGAGAAGCGUGUCCCUCGCGUAGCUGCUGUUUUUACUGAUGGACAAUCAGAUAGUUAUUCAGCAACAGUACAAGCUGCUCAAGCUAUUCAUGAUG